UUGCAGAAGAACCGCCACCUUCAUUCGUUGUCCAAAUGGGGUUUCACAGUGUUGAAACCCCACGAGAGGACGUGCCUCUUCUCUCCGAUGCACCCCGUCUCUCCUCAACAUUCAAGACCUUCGCCAACAUCUUCAUAUCCAUUGUGGGUUCUGGCGUGCUUGGUCUCCCUUACAGCUUCAAGAAAACGGGUUGGGUCACGGGUUUGCUCAUGCUCUUCCUCGUCGCCUUCCUCACUUACCACUGCAUGAUGCUCCUCGUGCGCACUCGCCGCAAGCUUGAAUCCGAGGAGCAGUUCCCCCAUCUCAACUCUUUUGGUGAUAUGGGGUAUGCCAUUGGGGGCCCUCCUGGCAAAUUUUUCGUUGAUGUCAUGAUAGGGUUUUCUCAUUGCGGUUUCUGUGUCGGCUACCUUAUUUUCAUUUCCACCACGUUGGCCAAUCUCGCCGGUGACGCGUCAACAUGGUAUCCUUUUCUGGGUUUGACGCCAAAGGUCUUGUUUCUGUGGGGUUGCUUUCCCUUUCAGUUGGGCCUUAAUGCUAUCCCAAGUUUGACCCUUUUGGCUCCCUUGAGCAUUUUCGCCGAUGUUGUUGAUAUUGCAGCGAAGAGUGUGGUGAUGGUGGACGAAGUGUUCGCGUUCAUGAAGAAUAGCCCUCCUUUGGAGGCCUUUGGGGGUUGGUCCGUGUUUUUCUACGGUUUAGGGGUGGCAGUGUAUGCGUUUGAAGGGAUAGGAAUGAUUUUGCCGCUGGAAUCAGAGGCGAAGGAUAAGGAGAAAUUUGGUGGGGUUUUGGGUGCGGCAAUGUUUCUCAUUUCUCUGUUGUUUGCAGCGUUUGCUGCUUUAGGUUACUUUGCUUUUGGUGAAGAAACUCAAGGGGUUAUCACUACCAAUCUUGGACCAGGCGUAGUAAGCGUUUUGGUGCAGUUGGGUCUUUGCAUCAACCUGUUCUUUACUUUCCCAUUGAUGAUGAAUCCAGUGUACGAGUUGGUGGAGAGACGGUUGUGUGAUUCUAAGUACUGUUUGUGGUUGAGGUGGUUGUUGGUGUUGGGGGUGAGUUUGGUGGCAAUUUUUGUGCCUAACUUUGCAGAUUUUUUAUCACUUGUUGGUAGUAGCGUCUGUGUUAUUCUUAGCUUUGUGUUGCCAGCUACGUUUCACUAUUUGGUUUUCAAAGAAGAGAUAGAUUGGAGGUGUCUGCUUUGUGAUGGGGCAAUUGUAGUUUUUGGGUUGGUUAUUGCAGUUACAGGAACCUGGUCUUCCUUAUUGAACAUGCUUCGCCACAGUGCUUGAUCAAACAACACAAAAAGUCUCGUCUUGUUACUAGUACUUAGUCAAGAGUUUGAUAAA